AUGGAUCAACAACCACCCAGCUCGUCGCACGGCCAGCAGCAACAGGGAGUAGGACAGCAUCAGCAUCAGCAGCAGCAGCAGCAGCAGCAACGGUCGACCUUGCCUAGGUACGACAUAGGCCUGGGGGGCCAUUAUGGUGCCAGUUCUGCGAUUGCUGCUCAAGGAUUUGCGCCAGUUGCGGACUUUUACACUGGUGCCUGGGCAAAUGUCAACCAAGGCCUCCACGGCAACUACAAAGACAUCCUCACCACCUACUGGCAACACGUAAUCAACCACCUCGAGACCGAGGCCCAUGACUACAAGCUCCACCAGCUGCCCCUCGCCCGCAUCAAGAAAGUCAUGAAGGCCGACCCGGACGUCAAGAUGAUUUCCGCCGAAGCACCCAUCCUGUUCGCCAAGGGCUGUGACAUCUUCAUCACUGAGCUCACCAUGCGCGCCUGGAUCCACGCCGAAGAGAACAAGCGCCGCACACUGCAACGCUCCGACAUCGCGAGCGCGCUGGCCAAGUCCGACAUGUUCGACUUCCUGAUCGAUAUCGUGCCUCGCGAUGACGCAGCCCACGGCGGCGGAACGAAGCGAGCACAGGGCCAUGCACCGCCCAGCGCUCCCGUUCCUGGGACCCAAUUGCCACAACAGAAUAUCCCGCAGCAAGGUCACAUGCCGCCCCCGGAAUACGGUGCUAUCCAUGGGCUUGGACAGGAACAGGACUACCGCCAACAGCCGAAUAUGUACGGAGGGCAGGUUCAGGCUGGUCCAUCGGCCUCGUAUGGCGGUGCGCCACAGCAGGGCAUGUACGGUGACAUGGAGGGCAUAUAUGGCGGAUAUCCUCCUAUGCCGCCUCAGCAGAACAUGUACCAAAUGCCUUCCCAACACCGACCUCAAGACCCGUCCAUAGGUCCCGAUCCUGGCCACAACUACUCUCGCCAUGACGGAGGAGAAGGCGAGGCCGAUGCGGAGGGCGAGCGUGAUGAUUUUGGAUAA